UGCAACUUUCUACUGCUGUUUCUGCUUCACAAAUUUACCGUUUUGCACGGUAAUGUAGCCAUAAAUAAAACGACAUGUUUGAUGUACUGUAGCACCGGGACAUGACACCUUUGUUUGACAGAUUUGAUAGGCCAUCCACUGCAGCAUCCACGCUCAACUCACCACGCGCCCCACUGAAAACGAACCACAUUAUAGCGAUCACGAGGAGGUUACCCCAUGUGACUCUACCCUCCCUAGCAACCGGGCCAAUUUGGUUGCUUAGGAGACCUGGCUGGAGUCACUCAGCACGCCCUGGGAUUCGAACUAGCGAACUCCAGGGGUGGUAGCCAGCGUCUUUACCACUGAGCUACCCAACAGCAUAUUUCUAAGAGAUGGCAAAGUUGCUGUGGGGUCAGUUUAUCAAAAUAAAAGUGCCCUUGUCAUUUCAUUUAUCGUCGCACAAUGCCAGCCCUAUUGGACCCCAUUUAGAUCGAGGAACGAGAACGCUGGAGACUCAAGCACCAGGUGAGAUUUAAACCCCUGACCAAACCAGCUGCAAGUCAAUGCUAUACAUACACUACAUGGCCAAAAGUAUGUGGACACACUCUUUUAAUUAAUGGGUUUGGCUAUUCAAGUCAUUUCUUUGAAGACAUAUGUUACUGCUAAACCAUAAAAUGACAUUUUACAGAAUUGUGUGCUUUUAACUUUGUGAAGAUGAAAUAAGAAAAGUGGAAGCUGUUAUCCUCCCUUUGCUGCUAUUAACUCCCUAUUAAUGCCUAUGGUUUAGAAAUUAAAUACUCAACAAGCACAUGUGUGGGGUUUGGGUGUCUCUUUAUAUCUUAAUACUUUUACUGUUUAAAAUCUGUGUGCUGAAUGAUACACGUGUGAUAUGCAGCGAGCUAUUGAGGCUCAGGUAGAGGAGCACAGACAUCAGAGAGAGAGAGAGAGGAGGCCACACGCCGAGUGCAGGAGCAAGACGAGGAGAGGAGAGGAGAGAGAGAGAGAGAGAGAACAAUUCCAACAGCAGUUUAUAAAUGACAAACAGAAACAGAGAAACAGAGAGGAGGUGCAGUCGCGUAAAACUGAGGAGUUGUAUCUGAGUAUUUGGAGAGCUCAAGAGGAGGCAUUUAAAGAUAAACAGCUCCAGAGAAUCAGAGACCUCACCAAGAAAGGCCAUGAUGUGUCCAAACUACUGCAAAGCCAUGAAGGAGACUCCAUCUCACAGGGCUGUUUAACAUCAUCAGAGAGUCAGAUCCAGAGAGUGAAACCUUCAACCACAACAUCUCCAAGAAGAGCCACAGCUGUUCAGACAGAGGUCAGUCAUCUGCCUGAGAAUGAUUCUGUUUGUGACACAGAACAACAAUCUCUCAGUGCUACAGUGACACACACAGCUCCUGCAAACAUGCUCACUACUAAGAAAUCCAGACACAGCAAUGCAAAAGCAUCUGAGAGAAGCAACGUCAAGGAAAACAUAUGCACUGCACCUAAAGACUCUUAUGAGCCGUAUGCAUGGGCCAACAGGAACCGCAGACAGCAGCUGGUGAAAAGGCCCGAGUGAAACACACAGAGACCUGGUAAAACGUUUGUGCCGGCGUCUGAGCGCUACCCUGAAUCUCUACAGAAACAUAGACAGCAGAGCAGGAAACAGAGAUAGAUGGAGCUCAUGACGCUGGUGGAGAGAAACACAGUAUCACGAACAGCACAGCCAGAUCCUCCACAUGCUGCUAAUAAUCACAAACCUCCAGUACACACGUACAGAAACUCAACGCAAUUAAAGGUGAUGCCAGAAUUCUCUUUUAGGCACAUUCCUGUUAUGCAGUACAUCUUAAACUGUAUGAAAAUGGAUGAGUUUGUGUAACUUAUGGAAGUAUUUCUUCAACCCUUAAACGCAUGGGUGUUUCGCCAAACAUUAUUAUGUUUCUCGGGUCCUGCACAUAUCUAUCACAAAUGGAUUUACAGGGGUAUUCUGGACACCAUGCAAGGCGCAGACAUGUGAGCGACGAGCUCUGCACACUUUGCUGAAUUUUUGAUUAUUCUCAUGUUAUAAUCUGGUGAAAUUUGAUACACCCAGUUAUACAUUUGCCCUUUGUUGCAAAACAUGGCAAAGAAGUCAAAAUCCUCAGGCUCUGGCGAUAUUAAAAGACACUUACGUGUUCAGGAUGAAAGCCCCGACAGGCCUACAGACCGGGGACUCGAUUUGGAUGGCGCGGCGGGAGAAGGAAUCCAGCGUCAACUGUCCAACAUGUCGGUGAUGUUGACAAAGAUUCUUGCUGACUUGGAGGAUCUUGCUGUAAUACGUCAAUCGAUUAUGGCAAUGGAAAUAAAAUUCUCUGAGUUAGGUACAAGAGUGACUGAUGUUGAAAAACGAAUUGAUUUUCUGGAAUCUUCGGAGAGGGAAUUAAUCGCUAAUCCACCCGUGACCAAAGUUGAUUUGGAACAUCUUCUUGAAAAGCUUGAAGAUCUUGAGAAUAGAAGCCGCAGGAAUAACAUUCGAAUUGUUGGAAUUCCUGAGCAUGAGGAGGGCAGAGAUAUGGUGAAAUUCCUAGACGAGUUUUUCCCGAGUCUGCUCGACAUAACAGGCCACAAGCUGGAAAUUGAGCGAGCUCACAGAGUCUGCCCCGACCGAUUCUUGCCAGAUUUCUGAGAUCAUCCGAUAAAGAUCUUGUGUUGCGCCAGGCGAGGAGCAAAGGGAAGCUUUCUUGGAAGAACCAUAAUGUUUUCUUGUUCCCGGACUUUGCGAGUUCGACAAGAGAGAAACGCGAUCGGUUCAAGGAAUGUAAGAAACUCUUACAUCAGAAAAAGAUCACGUUCGCUCUGAUGUUUCCUGCCAAACUUAGAAUAGAAACAAAGGUCGGUCGCAAAGUAUUCACAUGUCCAAAUCAGGCAAUAUCUUUUAUAGAAAAGAUACGCUCGUAGGCGUUCAUGGACCUUUUGAGUUUAGAGGGAUUGACGCCGGUUGGCGCUUUCGUGCGCGGGGUUAAUGCGCACGUUUUUCUUUUUUCUGUUUGUUUUGUUCUGGGGGAUGUUCGGGGGUUGAUUGUUUCACUAAUGGGGAAUGUAGUCUGUAUAAUUUUGUUUUUCACACACAAUUUUUUUUUUUUAUUAUAUCAAUAUGUCAGUUGUUAAUAUGAGUGUACUAUCUCUCUCCACAUGGAAUGUGAAUGGGUUGGGGCACCCCAUAAAAAGAAGUAAGGUUAUUUCUUUUCUUAAACGUAAGAAAUAUGAUAUAGUGUUUCUUUAAGAAACACAUCUCUCCCCGCAGAAAGCUGAAAAAUUUGGGAAGAUAUGGGGUGGACAUAUUUUCUUUAGUGCUGGCUCAAGUAAAAGCAAAGGAGUCAUUAUAUUGGUAAAUAAACAUCUACAAUUAAAAUGUCUCAAACAGACUAAAGAUAAAUUAGGAAGAGUAAUUAUUUGUUUAGCUGAAAUUCAAGGGCAAAGUCUGAUUUUGGCUAAUAUUUACGCACCUAACGCUGAUGAUCAGGGCUUUUUUAUAGAUCUUGAAGGGAUGUCGCAAGCCGCUGGCACCCCUCAUGAUAUAAUAUUGGGAGGAGACUUUAAUCUUUUGAUGGAUUCAGUCCUUGAUCAUAGUGAAGCAAAAGUGUGCAAGCCCCCUAGAGCAACAUUGACGCUUCACAGGAUGUGUAAAAAUCUUGGUCUUACAGAUAUUUGGAGACUUUUGAAACCAUCUGGUAGGGACUAUACAUUUUUUUCAUCAGUCCAUAAGAUUUAUUCUAGAAUAGAUUUUUUUUUUUAUAUCCAAAUCCCUCAUUUCAUCUGUUGUUGACUGCUCAAUUGGAAAUAUCUUAGUCUUAGAUCAUGCUCUGGUGAGUUUAGAGGUGAUGCCACAUAUAGAGAAAAAUAAAUCUUAUAGUUGGUGCCUUAAUGUGUCCCUUUUGCAAAAUCCUGAUUUCCAACAAAUGUUAAAGACUGAAAUCAGUGUUUAUAUGGAGACCAACUGGUCCUCAGUAUCCUCUGUGGGUGUGGCUUGGGAGGCACUUAAGGCGGUUCUUAGGGGUCGGAUCAUACAGUAUGCCUCAUUCAUUAAAAAAUCCAAAGCACAGAACUUGUGGAGUUGGAAGAGAAUAUUAAAAGUGCUGAGGCAGAGCUGAAGCGCCGUAUGUCAUCUGAUGGCCUCAGGGAAUUGACCCGACUGAAAUACAGAUAUAAUACUAUUUUGUCACGGAAAGUGGAGCUUUGGUUGUUCAGGGCAUGACAGUCAUACUUUGAGUCAGGUGAUAAAGCAGGAAAACUUUUGGCUAGAUAUAUAAAGCAGCGAGAGUCUUUUUCUAUCAUUCCCUCAGUGAAAUCUGCUUGUGGUGAAAUAUUUACCUCGGCUAUUGAUAUUAAUAAUGCCUUUAAAGAGUUCUAUCUUGAUCUCUAUAGGUCCACGUCUUCAUCCACUGAUGAAGAUAUUAGGAACUUUGUGGAACCAUUAGAUCUCCCUAAACUGACGACUGAGCAAAAAAAUUCUCUUGAUUCUGAGAUAACCUUGGAGGAGCUUGUUGAGGGUGCACUCUCCACCCGUUCCUGCAGUAAAGAACCGUAUACAGCAGCCGUCCCAGCACAGAUGGUAGAAGAGCAAGUGCAGGACACAGGCCGUCCUCCCUCAUUAGAUUACGUGCCCUACUUACGGACAGAUGAGGUUUAUAACAUGGAUCCUCUGGCUCCUCUCUCCAGACCCUCCACACAUGAAGCCCAGCAGAGAGUCCACACAGCUAUGAGAAGCAGGCAGGUGACCCCUCCGGUACAACACGAUCCAUCACACCCUGAAAGCACUGAAAAGCAGCAGGCUAUACUGAAGGGUCUAUCUCAGCUAAGACAGGGUCUACUGCAGAGACAAAAAGUGAUAGAAACCAGUCUAAACUCUUUACUGCAGACACAACACAGAAACCACUUUCCACCUGUGUAAUCCAAUGCUGCUUACAAAAGACUGAGCCCUGUCGCUGUUACCAGCACUUUAUAUCUGUUGACAUUAAUAACAGCUCUCUAUAGGCAUAAUUUUCCCAAAGAGAUGACACCAGACUUUUAAGACUGCAGAAGUUAGUACUGGCACAGAUAACUCACAUUUAAAUCAAAUGAAUGAAUUAUGUGAACUUCUGUUAAGUGUGGGGAUCUUUCCCAUUGAUUUCAUUAGUGACUAAUAGUAGAUUUCUGUAUCACAGGAGGCUUUGGGAUGGAUUUAUGGAGUUGCAAAUCUUAAACAAGCUUAUGACUGGAUUUUAUGAUUUGAAAUUUUUUACAAAAGCUACUGCA